AUGGAUAUGUCUAUUAAACAGAAAAGACAAUCUGAAAGUUGUAGAAAGUCUGCUUUUCAAUGGGUACAACUACCAUCAAAUUGUUAUAUUAUUGAUAGUGUUGAUAAUGAAUUUUAUGAAAAGAGAGAUCAAUCUUUGUUUAAAAAAUUAUGUAAAGGAAAGAAUUUUGAGUUAACUGCCGAUGAAAUGAUGUCUUCUAGAGCUUGGACAGAGCGUUCUACUGUUUAUGUUUUGCUUAAAUAUUUUUAUUGGAAAUAUACUGAACCAUCUGUUAUGUCAUUACAUGAAAUGUAUAAAACAAUUGCAGCUUCUGUUGCUCUUGAUAUGGGGAUCAAUAAAACUUCAACUCAAAUAAGAGAUAAAAUUAAUAAUGUAAAAAGCGGUUAUAAAAAAGACAAAAAAGCUCUUCGUGAUUCUCCUCAUUCUGAUGUUAUUUCCUUAAAAUACAUAUCAUCUACAUUGUAUGAUGUGAUGGAUAAGUACUUUGAUGAAUCCAAAGUAAAAGAAUAUGGUAAUGUUUUAAAAGAACUAUCAAAAGACAUUCAUCAACUUCUUCACUAA